GUAUACACUCUGGUGCACAAAACAAGCGCGCCAGUACUCUUGCUCCUAAAGCGCGUGCGUCAAACUUUUCGAGGGCCCGCGACCAGCUAGCGUGCUAAUCAGGCGUCCAGAACGUUAGCUAUUAAUUCACUAUCAUUAACAUUUUUAGUGGAUUUUAUCUCAUCAUACGCCACCUGGUUGAGUGGCCACAUUCACCCUCAAAAUGUCCUUCCCUCCUCAUUUAAAUCGACCGCUGUUGCCCCCACCUGGGAUUCCUCCUCAGUAUGCUGGCUUCCCCACAGCUCCUAUGAUCCCUGUCCACAUGGGCAUCAUGGCCCCCACCCCUGCAGUCAUGGUCCAGUCUGUUCCAGUCCUCAGUAAGCCUCCCAUGCCAAAGAAAGACUAUUCUGCUCUGCGAGCCAAAGAUGAAGAGAGUAGUGGACCUAUCACCACCGUGUUUGUGGGGAACAUUUCAGAGAAAGCUUCAGACAUGCUCAUCAGACAGUUGCUGGCGAAAUGUGGUAUUGUUUUGAGCUGGAAGAGAGUCCAAGGAGCCUCUGGCAAACUUCAAGCUUUUGGUUUCUGUGAAUACAAAGAGCCAGAGUCCACCCUGCGAGCCCUGCGGUUGCUUCAUGACCUGCUGAUUGGAGACAAGAACCUGCUAGUGAAAGUAGAUGCAAAGACUAAAUCUCAGCUGGAUGAGUGGAAGGCCAAGAAAAAGGCAGCCAAUGGGACUAAGAAGGCAGAGGGAGAAGAUGAGGAAGAAGAGGUCCUUGAUGAGGAGACAAAGAAGAGGGAUCAGACCGUCCAAGAGCUUAUUGACGGGUUGAUGCGUGAAUAUGCUGCAGAACUCAACGCACCCUCCCAGGAUGAAGAGUCCCAGCGGCGAAAGAGAAAAAAGGAAAAGAAAGAGGAGGAUGACAUUAACACUAUUGACAUCGAAGAGGACAAGAGAGACCUGAUUUCCAGAGAGAUUAGUAAAUUUCGUGACACUCACAAGAAACUAGAGGAGGAGAAAGACAAGCGGGAGAAGGAGCGGGUGGAGUUUGAACGAGAACGGAGGGAGCGGGAAAAAGAACGAGAGCGGGAAAGAGAACGGCGGGACCGCGAGCGGGAGAAAGAGCGAGAACGGGAACGAGAGCGGGAGAGAGAGCAAGAGCGGUCAAGAGACAGAGACAAAGACCGUGAUCGCAGGACCAGAGAGAGGGAGCGGGGGCGAGAGUUGGACAAGGGCCGUGACAGGAGCGCCGACCGCAGCCAAUCAAGGGAGUUGAGUCGGGACAGAGAGAAGAAGCGGGACCAAGAGGAUGAAGAGGAAGCCUACGAACGCAGGAAACUGGAGAGGAAACUCAGGGAUAAGGAAGCAGCAUACCAGGAACGUCUAAAAAACUGGGAGCUGAGGGAGAGGAAAAAGGCCAGAGAUUACGCCAAGGAGGCUGAGCGAGACGAUGAACGCAGGAGAGAAAUGGUCAAAGAAGGCAAACGGUUGAAAGAGUUUCUUGAGGACUAUGAUGAUGACCGAGAUGAUCCCAAGUACUACAGGGGCAGUGCGCUGCAGAAACGUCUCAGAGACAGAGAGAAGGAGAUGGAGGCGGACGAGCGUGACAGGAAGAGAGAGAAGGAGGAGCUGGAGGAGAUCAGACGGAGGCUGUUAGACGAGGGACAUCCAGACCCAGACGCAGAGCUACGCAGGAUGGAGGAGGAGGAGGAGGAGCGUCUGAGACAGCCUCCCAUCAUCCAGGAACCUGAGCCCGAGGAGCCACGGGAGCGCCACAGGAGUUCACGGGAACACCGGGAACGUAGACAAGAGCAGGAGAAAACCGAAUCCCACUCACGACCUAGUCACUCUGAAGAGGAGGUAGAGGAGGGUGAGGAUGAAGAUUAUGACAAUGGUGAAGAAAACCUUGACGUGAAGCCACCGCAGUUGAAGCCCACAAUGCGGCCCAUAACAGCGGCACCCUCGGUUUCAUCAGCAAGUGGCAACGUGUCUCCCAACACUCCUGGAGACGAGUCCCCGUGUGGCAUCAUCAUUCCUCAUGAAAACUCACCUCCUGACGCUCUGCCACAGGAUGAAAACCGGCCGAAGAUCGGCCUCAGCCUCAGACUGACUGCUACCGUAAGCCCCAGCCAGCCUAACGCAGGCAAGAGGAAGAAGCUUCCAGUGGACAGCGUCUUCAACAAGUUUGACGACGAAGAGGCAGAUGAACAGCCACGCAAACGUAAGCUGGUGCCCCUGGACUACGACGAUGACAAAAGCCUCGGGGUGGAUGGUGCCGGGCUCUCCAGCAUAAAGGGAGCCAACACUGAGGAGAAACGCAAACACAUCAAGAGCCUGAUAGAGAAGAUACCCACAGCAAAACCAGAGCUGUUCUCCUACCCUCUGGACUGGUCUAUGGUCGACACGACGUUAAUGGAGCGAAGAGUUCGGCCCUGGAUCAAUAAGAAAAUCAUUGAGUACAUCGGUGAGGAGGAGCCAACAUUAGUGGACUUCGUGUGCUCAAAGGUGAUGGCCCACAGUAUGCCGCAGAGUAUUUUGGAUGAUGUUGCCAUGGUUCUUGAUGAAGAAGCUGAGGUCUUCAUAGUGAAGAUGUGGCGGUUACUCAUUUAUGAAACUGAAGCAAAGAAGAUUGGACUGGUGAAAUAAGCAUGCACAACCACAGAAAAGCCCUUAUUUUGUAUAGUAGUGUAGUGAAAUCAAACUGCAACAGAUCCUGCUCAGUCUCACUGGGUCUGAGUUGUUUUUUCUCAGACACACGGCCUCUUUCUGCAGGUCCAGGUUGGUUUAGUGUUCUUGGACUGUAAAUGAGAUUUUUGUCAGACAUCCACAACCGUAGCCGAGUUAGUGCCACUCUACUUUUAUUUCUUAUCAGUUGGCCUGUCUUCAAACAUGCAUCUGUUGCAUCACAGCAACAAUGCAUGUUUCUUUUUACAGGGAUAUUUAUUUUGGACUGGCUGAGUUUUCAUAACAUUCCUCAAUCCCAGAAUCCUGUCUACAAACUGGACCCCCUCCCCCCUCCUAACCACUGUCAGAAGAGCUAAGAACAGGAUGACAUUUUUUUUUUAAGUUUUAAAAACCUCCAUUGUAUUUUUUUGUAUUGUUGGACAUUUGAUUAAAACAUUUUUUAAAACUUUA